AUGCUGUCAAGAUCCUAUUUUAAUCUCUUGAACCUCGAGGAUUACUCGAGCGAUCGCACUCGGGUCCCGAGAGUGAUUUCUAUGACGGGGGUGAUUUCGGAUUACGAGGACGGGAACAAUGCGCUGAGCCCACAAUCCGACUCGUCUCUUCAAGAGAGGCGGGUAAUCGUGGCCAAUCAGUUGCCGUUGAUUGCCCGCUGCGAGAAUUCAUCGGGAGGGGUUAAAAAAUGGAGCUUUGAUUGGGACAGAGAUGCUCUUGUUCUGCAGCUCAAGGAUGGGUUCCCCCCAGAUGUGGAGGUUGUCUAUGUCGGGAGCCUGAGCGUGGAGAUUGAUCCGGCGGACCAGGAUGACGUGGCCCAGCUGCUUCUAGAUAAGUUCAAAUGUGUGCCCACUUUCUUGCCUUUGGAUUUAAUCAACAAGUUCUAUCACGGUUUUUGCAAGCAUUAUCUAUGGCCCUUGUUUCAUUACAUGUUGCCCCUGACCCCUAGCCACGGGGUCAGGUUCGAUAAGUCCACGUGGCAGGCUUACGUGUUGGCGAACAAGGUUUUUGCAGAUAAAGUGAUGGAGGUCAUCAACCCGGAUGAGGAUUAUGUCUGGGUUCAUGAUUAUCAUCUCAUGAUUCUGCCUACUUUCUUGAGAAGAAGGUAUCACAGGGUGAAGCUGGGCUUUUUCCUGCACAGCCCAUUUCCCUCGUCCGAGAUUUAUCGGACUUUACCUGUUAGGGAGGAAAUUCUGAGGUCCCUUUUGAACUGUGACCUGGUUGGGUUCCAAACGUUCGAUUACGCCCGGCAUUUUUUGUCAUGUUGUAGUAGGAUGCUCGGUUUAGAUUACCAGUCCAAGAGGGGCUAUAUUGGGCUGGAUUAUUAUGGCCGGACGGUUAGUAUCCGGAUCCUCCCCAUGGGAAUUCAUAUGGGUCAGAUUCAGUCUAUCAUCUCUUUGCCCGAUACCGCUGGUAAAGUUAGAGAGUUGAAGAAAAAGUAUAAAGGGAGAACCGUGUUGUUGGGUGUGGAUGAUAUGGACAUGUUUAAGGGCAUCAGCUUGAAGUUCAUGGCUUUUGGGCAGUUGUUAGACGAAAAUCCCAUUUACAGAGAAAAUGUCGUUCUUGUUCAGAUCAUGAACUCUCCCAGAAGUCGAGGCAAGGAUAUUCAGGAGGUUCAGAACGAGAUCAGUAGAGUAGCGGACGAGGUUAAUCAGAAACACGGAAAACCGGGUUACAGCCCAAUCGUCUGCAUAAAUGGGCCCGUGUCUUUUCAAGACAAAGUCGCUUAUUAUGCGAUUUCUGAGUGUGUUAUCGUGAAUGCCGUUAGGGAUGGGAUGAAUUUGGUGCCUUAUAAAUAUACCGUCUCUAGACAAGGUAGUCCCGAUUUAGACAGGGCACUCGGUGUUGAAAAUUCGGGAAGUUUAAAGAAAAGCGUCAUUAUUGUCUCGGAAUUUAUCGGGUGUUCCCCAUCUCUGAGUGGUGCCAUUCGUGUCAAUCCUUGGAACACAAAUAGUGUGGCCGAGGCCAUGGUUUUGGGGCUAACGAUGUUGGACUCUGAAAAGGAAUUACGUCAUGAGAAGCAUUUUAAGUUUAUUAAGUCUCAUGAUGUUGCGUAUUGGGCCAGGAGCUUCGAUCAGGAUCUCGAGAGGGCAUGUGCCGAGCAUUACAAGAAGAGGUGUUGGGGAAUCGGGUUCGGUUUGAAUUCGAGGGUAGUUGCCUUGGGUCCUAAUUUUAGGAAGCUUUCAGUCGAGCACAUUGUUUCUGCUUAUAACAAUACGAAUAGCAGGCUUAUACUUCUGGAUUAUGACGGUACUAUGAUGCCGCAGGAUAGAGUGGACAAAUCUCCUAGUCCGGAGAUUAUUUCUGUCCUAAAUGGUUUGUGUAAUGAUCCGAAGAAUGUCGUGUUUAUUGUUAGCGGGAGAGGAAAAGAUUCUCUCGGAAAGUGGUUCGAGCAGUGUGAGAAUCUUGGGUUGUCUGCCGAGCAUGGUUACUUUACUCGGUGGAGAAAGAAUUUGCAGUGGGAGUCUUGCCCGUUAGCAGUCGAUUUGGAUUGGAAGAAAAUCGUGCUGCCCAUAAUGGAGCACUAUACGGAGGCCACAGAUGGGUCGUCCAUAGAGCAAAAAGAGAGUGCUAUAGUUUGGCAUCAUCGAGAAGCUGACCCAGAUUUUGGCUCGUGGCAGGCAAAAGAGCUUCUUGACCAUUUGGAGAGUGUGCUUGCUAACGAACCAGUGGUGGUGAAAAACGGGCAGCAAAUAGUCGAGGUGAAACCACAGGGGGUAAGCAAAGGGGUUGUCGUGAGGAACUUAAUAGAGGCCAUGAGGAAUACGGGAAAGCAGGCCGACUUUGUUCUGUGCAUAGGUGAUGACCGUUCAGACGAGGAUAUGUUUGAGGCCAUUGCAGGGUCAGUGGCUGACAGCUCGCUGCCCAACUCGGCCGAGGUUUUUGCUUGCACAGUUGGCCAAAAACCGAGCAUGGCUAAAUAUUACUUAGACGACACAUUUGAAGUUAUUAAAAUGCUGCAGGGCCUCUCGUCUGCUUCGGGGCAGCAGCUGCCCAAGCCGAUGUCUCAGGAUAUUGUCUCGUUCGAGGGCUGA